AGGACCUGUACAAGGAGGCCAUGAUGGAGGAGCACCAGCCUCUUAUAUCACAAGAAAAUCCCAGUAAGAAAUGUGAAAACGUCAUGUUACCACUAGAUGAAGAUAUCCUGCAGCGCUCUUCAGGAGAAAACCUCAUUCCCCUUAAUGUACAUCCAGGACUUCACAGUACAGAUCUGUCAUAUAAUCCUCCUAAUUAUGAGGAACCUUCUCCUGACCAAUCACAGAUUGUUACCGCAAGUACAAGUCAGAAAAGGAUUAAAAGGUUUCAUUGUGGUAAAGAAUCCACAAACGGCUCAGGACUUUCUACACACCGAAGACGUCACAAAGGAGAGAAAAUGUAUUCAUGUUCAGAAUGCGGGAAAUGUUUUACACGAAAAUCUAUUCUUGUUAUACAUGAGAGAAUUCACACAGGAGAGAAGCCAUAUUCAUGUUCAGAAUGUGGGAAAUGUUUCACACGGAAAUCAAAUCUUGUUACACAUGAGAGAUGUCACACAGGAGAGAAAGCAUAUACAUGUUCGGAAUGUGGAAAAUGUUUUAGAGAUAAAUCAAAUCUUAUUAAACAUAGUAAAGGUCACACAGGAGAGAAACCAUAUUCAUGUUCAGAAUGUGGGAAAUGUUUUAGACAAAAAUCACAUCUUGUUACACAUGAGAGAAGUCACACAGGUGAGAAGCCGUAUUCAUGUUCAGAAUGUGGGAAAUGUUUUACAGAGAAACCACAUCUUGUUACACAUGAGAGAAUUCACACAGGAGAGAAGCCAUAUUCAUGUUCAGAAUGUGGGAAAUGUUUCACACGGAAAUCACAUCUUGUAAUACAUGAAAGAUGUCACACAGGAGAGAAACCAUAUUCAUGUUCGGAAUGUGGGAAAUGUUUUACACAGAAAUCACAUCUUGUUAUUCAUGAGAGUUGUCACACAGGAGAGAAACCGUAUUCAUGUUCGAAAUGUGGGAAAUGUUUUACACGGAAAUCAUAUCUUGUUAUACAUGAGAGAUGUCACACAGGAGAGAAAGCAUAUACAUGUUUAGAAUGUGGGAAAUGUUUUACACAAAAAUCAAGUCUUGUAAAACAUAAGAGGAAUCACACAGGAGAGAAACCAUAUUCAUGUUCGAAAUGUGGGAAAUGUUUUACACGGAAAUCAUAUCUUGUUAUACAUGAGAGAUGUCACACAGGAGAGAAAGCAUAUACAUGUUUAGAAUGUGGGAAAUGUUUUACGCAAAAAUCAAGUCUUGUAAAACAUAAGAGGAAUCACACAGGAGAGAAGCUGCAUUCAGAAUCAGAAAAAUGUUUUUGUUUCUAAAGCCAUAAUCAGGGUCAUUAGUGAAGUCACACAACAGAGAAACCAUAUGGCCACAAUAUAACGAAACAAUAUAUCACUGGGUCAUAGACAUUGUUUUCAUUUCAGGUUGUGUAUUUGGAUAUAAAAGCUUAAUUGAUGUCACAUAUCGGCUUCUAUAAAACAUCUGAUAAAUCCUGUUUAGGAAGACAUAUAUUCUGUUCAUGACUUAUAUUUUAAUCUCUCGGGGACACAUGACGUGACCGCGGGGAUCAGAAACUUCAAAAUGACCUAAAUUUUCAUUUUUAACCCACCCCUCGCAGCCCUCAUUAUCUGUCGGUGGGCUGUGCAGGGGGAGAGGUACGGGCGGUGCUGGGGGGGCGGGCUCGCGAUCAUCCCGCCCACCCCCUCUCAUUUCCAGGAU